CCGAGUUUAUUUACAAACCACGGUCAUGGCGCCGAGAAGGGUUGAUCGAAGUGAGAUCAGUAUUUGUGGGAAAUACUUCGUGUUUUUUGUCAACUUUGCCAUUUUAGUGGUGUCGCCGAUACUGCUCGGUUUUGGUAUCUACAUCCUGGUCCUGAAGGAAAAGAGUGUUUCUACAUGGAUUGAUUUUUUCCUCGAUCCCUCUGUAUGGCUUGUGAUAACCGGAGCAAUAGGAAGUGUCAUAGCUUUUCUGGGAUGUUUCGGAGCUCUUCGGGAAAUCACCCCAUUGCUAAGAAUCUAUUAUUGGUCAGUGAAUUUCCUUAUUCUCAUCGAGCUCUUCCUCAUCUGCUUCAUCUUUAUAUUCACCUUCUCACCAGACAUUCUGAAGAAUCUCAACAUUUAUCCACAAGAUUUGUUGAAAGAUGCUGUUGUAAAAUACCGUGAUGAUCCAGACAUGCAAGAUUUUAUUGACAACAUCCAAACAGACCUGGGUUGCUGUGGUUACAGUGACAGUGCGGAUGGUUACAAAGACUGGAAUGCAAAUCCUUACUUUAACUGUUCCUCAGAAAACAACAGCUUUGAAAAAUGUGCAGUUCCACACUCCUGUUGCAUAAUAGAAGAUGGUGAUGCUAUAAAUCUGUUGUGUGGAGCAGAUGCUCAGAGUGAUGAGUUAGCCAAUUCCAAAUUUGCUCCAAAUAUCAACAAAGGUGGCUGUUUAUGGGUGUUACGGACCUAUCUCAUGAACAACAUACUCGUUGUGGGAGGCGUGAUGAUUGGAUCACUAAUACCUCAGCUGUUGCUAGUCCACUUUUCCAGAAGUCUUCGAGACCAGAUCUUGGUACAAUUAAGCAAAUGGCAACGUAACUAAGCAGACCCUUCCGAUUUAUCUUCACGAUAUCGGGGAUUACCAGCCAUCUUUUUACAUUUCCUCAUGUUUUUUCAUCACCAUAAAUAUUUUAUUACAAAUUUCAAAUCCAUUCUAUUGGUUCUGUGAUGAAAAAUGUCAUUUCUGUCUUAACAUUACAUGUGUGGUAUUUUGAUGAUUUCAAACAUUGAUUAAAGAUUGCUGUAGGGUAAGGUAAAUUUAUUUAUGUGACACAUUGUUGAAAAGCGUUAUUCCAUAUAACAUGCUGCUUCCCAUUUUGGUUCAACACCUUAGAAUGUUUCAAAUCAUGCUUUACUUUUAGUUCAUUGUUUUCCUCUUAUAGGGUAUACGUAUAACAAUAUAAAGUUUGUCAAUAUUUCUACCACAUAGUUUUGUAUCCAAUGAAGACAUGGGCAGUCUUUAAACUAAGAAACAUUACAUAUCUGAAAUUAGGAAUUUUUAAAAUAUCAUCACGAAAUUAAUUGAUUACAAUUGCACCAAUUUGGGUAUUGUUAAAUUAGGAAUUUUUAAAAUAUAAUCACGAAAUUAAUUGAUUACAAUUGCACCAAUUUGGGUAUUGUUUAGCUGCGGAAACCAUAGCUUUAAGUCUGAUCAAUUUUAUUUUAUUUCAAAAUUUUAGAUAUCUUGUGAUUUUACAUUUUCGAAUCAUAUGGUUUCAAAAUGAAGUAAAUUGAUUGGACCUAGAGUUUCAGUUCCCGGGGCAGCUUGGUAGUGUUGUUCAUCAUAUGAUAAUCGCACAAAAAUGNAACUU